GUGCCGGCUGGUGUUUGUGGCGGAGAGGACGGGAUGAGUACGGUGUGGGGAUGGGGAUGGAAGCUGCGCUGCUGCGGAUAUCAUAGCGCUGCCCUGGCCGGAGUGCGGAACCUGACCAAUGGAGUCCUCCGGGGAGGGGGCGGGGCCGGAGCGACUGCUGGGAAGAUUCAUAUCUUUCCUAUAAGGUCUGGCCUGUUCACACGUUCAAUGAGUGCUUUUUGGUGCAGGUCCCAGUCUAGGCUUCUCCACUCGUCUCAAGUGACAUGCUGCUGCAGUAAGACCAAUAGCGAAGCCAAAUAUAAAGACCCAUUUAAACUGGGAAGCAGUGAUCUGAAGAAUCUCUAUGAAGACAUCAAAAAGGAGCUGCUCAUAACAACCCAGGAGCUGAAGGACAUGUGCGAGUAUUAUUUUGAUGGGAAAGGGAAAGCAAUUAGACCGAUGCUGGUUGUGUUAAUGGCACGAGCGUGUAACACACAUUAUAAUAAUUGCCGGGAGAUGCACCCUGCCCAGCGCUCCAUUGCUGUUAUUGCUGAGAUGAUCCACACUGCUAGUUUAGUACAUGAUGACGUCAUUGAUGGUUCUGAUUCCCGAAGAGGAAAGAAGACGGUCAAUCAGAUAUGGGGUGAAAGACAGGCUGUCCUUGCUGGAGACUUCAUACUGUCGGCUGCUUCUGUGGCCUUGGCAAAAAUUGGUAACGCCACUGUAAUCUCAGUGUUAUCUCAGGUCAUUGAAGAUUUGGUACGAGGCGAAUUCCUUCAGCUGGGCUCCAAAGAGAAUGAAAACGAGAGAUUUGCUCACUACCUCGAAAAGACUUUUAAGAAGACAGCAAGUCUUAUUGCCAACAGCUGUAAAGCAGUGUCAAUCUUAGGAUGUCCUGAUCCAAAGGUCCAUGAGAUAGCCUACCAGUAUGGCAGGAAUAUAGGAAUAGCCUUCCAGCUUAUCGAUGACAUAUUAGAUUUUACAUCUUGUGCGGACCAACUGGGUAAACCGACUGCAGCAGAUCUGAAGUUGGGACUGGCGACCGGUCCAGUUUUAUUUGCUUGUCAACAGUUUCCUCAGAGCUGAACGCCAUGAUAAUGAGAAGAUUCAGUGUGGCAGGAGACGUCGAACGAGCAUGGCAGUAUGUCCGUCAGAGUGAUGGUGUUCACCAAACUACCUACCUCGCCCAACGCUACUGUAAUGAAGCAAUCCGAGAGAUCAGCAAGCUGCAGCCGUCCCCGGAGAGAGACGCUCUCAUCCACCUAACAGAAAUUGUGCUCACUAGAGACAAGUGA